GUCAUGGUUCGGGCAACUGUCAAAAUUGCGCGCGUCUUCGGGCAUUGGGAGACUGCGGGGUAUCAUGCAGCCACUUCCAGCGGGGUAGGUACCCGGAUUCCUCUUCAUCCCUUCCUGAAACUGAGAAAGCGUCGACCUGCGUCCUUCACUGACCUUCAGGGCUCAGGUUGACUGCAUCUUUUCCUCAUUCAGCAGAGCUCGAACCCUGGCAGGGAACAUUCCAUUCUUUCGAGAUGCCGGCCGUCGACAACGCCAUAGAAGGCAAGCUUGCCUUAAUCACCGGGGCCUCAGGAGGGAUUGGAGCAGCUUGUGCUAGAGCACUGUACCUGCAGGGUGUAAACCUCGCCCUGACCUACUCCAGCAACAAGGAGAAGAUACUGGCUCUCGAGGAAGAGCUCUGGGUCCUGCGUAAUAACCAAGACCCCAGUGCCACCAACCCGGUCGUUUCCACCCACAAGGUCGAUGUGGGCUCAGCUGACGACAUACAACGACUGUUCAAGAGCAUCAGGGAGCUGCAUGGCAAAGACGGCCCGGAAAUACUGGUGUCAAAUGCCGGCUACGGCAAGAGGAUCCCGGAUAUUGCUGACAUCUCUAUCGAAGAGUUCGACUACACCAUCAGUAUCAACCUGCGCGCCUCGUUUAUCUUGUGCAAGCUGAGCAUUCCACACAUGACUGCCCAGCGAUGGGGGCGCAUCAUCUUCGUGUCGUCACUGGCAGCGCAUGGUGGCGGCAUCAAUGGGUGCCACUAUGCCGCGAGCAAGGCCGGGCUGCACGGUCUGAUGAAGAGUCUCGCUACGAAGCACGCCAAGGAUGGCAUCACGGUGAACGAUGUUGCCCCGGCUAUGAUUGGUGAGACAGGCAUGAUACCGGAUGAGAAGUUCGUCGAGGGCACGCCCGGUGAUGUGAGAAAUAUUCCUGUUGGGAGACUGGGCACGCCGCGAGAGGUUGCCAAUGUGGUGUUGAUGUUCUGUCAAACGGGUUACCUGACGGGUCAGAGCGUGCUUCUGAGCGGUGGGCUUAAGUGAAUUUGAAGUUGGUGGACGUUCGGGCACGAAGCUGAUACCCAACGGUCACUAGACAUUUAGCGAGGAUGGCUUGAUAGAGGCCAUGCUGCCGGUAUGGACUCGCUAGUCUCACCGGACGAUAAACGCUAGAGACGUCCUCCAUAUCCCAGUGGUUGCGAGGUCUUGCCGCUCACUCCUUUCUAUACCCCUUCAACCCUAUGCUCCCAUCCUCAUGACGCAGAAGCAAGAACUGUAAUAGAGACGUGAUGUGGUAUACUCACGGUCCUCCGCGUAUGGCUGUUAACCGCACUA